AUGGUUCGGUCCACGAGUCCACGGUUCUGUCCACGAGUCCACGGUUCUGUCCACGAGUCCACGGUUCUGUCCACGAGUCCACGGUUCUGUCCACGAGUCCACGGUUCUGUCCACGAGUCCACGGUUCUGUCCACGAGUCCACGGUUCUGUCCACGAGUCCACGAUUCUGUCCACGAGUCCACGAUUCUGUCCACGAGUCCACGUUUCGUUACUUGUCCAGCAGAUGUCAGCAGCACGUGCACCACGUCUCCCCACGCUCGCCCGCACGAGCGCACCCGUAUCUGCACACUCAGAAAAAUGGACACGCGAGCCUUGAGAAACCCAUACUCUGACUAUGAUGGCAACCCAGCGUCCACACAGUCCCUUUUUGACACGCAGGGGCGGCUCACCCCAGAGUUCUCUCAGAGGCUGAGCAGCAAAAUCAACGAGCUGAUGUCUGUGAUGGAGAACGGACUGGGCUCUGCGGACCCUCGGGACUGCACCACUUACACCGGCUGGACAGGAAUCGCCCUGCUCUAUCUACACCUCCAUAAAGUGUUUGGCGACUCAUCCUUCCUCCACAAAGCCUAUGAGCACGUGAGCCACGCCCUUCAGAGCAUGACCCGCCGCAGAGACGUCACCUUCCUUUGUGGAGACUCCGGACCCCUGGCUGUGGCCGCGGUGCUGUACCAUCGUCUGCAGAGGCCUCAGGAGGCUGACGACUGCAUCAACAGAUUAAUGCAGUACCAUGAGGCGGUGGUGAAGGGCUCUGGAACUCUCCCUGAUGAGCUCCUGUACGGCCGAGUGGGAUUCCUGUACUCACUCCUCUUCAUCAACCAGCAGUUUGGACAGGACAAGAUCCCCCUGGACUACAUCCAACAGAUCUGUGAGGCUGUGAUUGUGUCUGGGGACCAUCAGAGCAGAAGGUUCCGGGUUCAGAAUCAGACUCCUCUGAUGUUUGAGUGGUACCAGGAGCACUAUGUGGGUGCGGCUCACGGCCUGUCGGGGAUCUACUAUUAUCUUAUGCAGCCCGGUAUGGUGUCCUCUGUGGAGCAGCUGCACAGAGUGGUGAAGCCCAGUGUGGACUAUGUGUGCGCGCUGAAGCUCCCCUCUGGUAAUUACCCACCGUGUGUGGGCGACGAUCGCGACCUGCUGGUGCACUGGUGCCAUGGCUCCCCAGGAGUGGUCUACAUGCUGCUGCAGGCCUACAAGGUGUUUGGGGGAGCGGGGUACCUGGAGGCGGCGCUCCAGUGUGGGGACGUGGUGUGGAGGUACGGCCUACUGAAAAAGGGGUACGGCCUGUGCCACGGUGCAGCAGGAAACGCCUACACCUUCCUUGCCCUUCACCGGCACACGGGAGAUCCCAAGCACCUGUUCCGGGCCUGCAUGUUUGCAGACUGGUGUAUGAACUACGGCAGACAUGGCUGUCGCACUCCGGACACUCCCUUCUCUCUGUUUGAAGGUAUGGCCGGUACCAUCUACUUCCUGGCAGACCUCCUGCAACCAAUGAGAGCCAAGUUCCCCGCCUUUGAGGUGUAA